UAAUGGAAAUUGAAGACAAAAACAACACAACUGGAUUUAAAUACGCCAUUUUAUUAUUCAUUCAUUUAAAUAACACAUUAGUGAAAGCUUUGCUAUCUAAAAUUACUGUUACUCCACCACUGGGCGAAUUAAUCAACACAAACUAUCAACACAUAUUUUUUGAUGAGGCUUUUACUUUAUACACCGUCAGCUGACCGACAGUAGGAACUGCGAGACACUAAUAAAUUGAUAUUUUCAUUCAUGUUAUUUGCUAGUGAGGAAAUUACCUCCACUGUCGCUUAUUCUCCUUAAUUAUGCAAAGAAGUUUGGAGUGUGGUUCACGCUGAGUCGAUCCAGACAUCACUAGUUAAUCGUCGCUACAUUCACCCUGUGAUUCCAACGGCAAACCAGGACGACGAGUGGAUCACCGACAGCUGUUAGCCAUUCGAGAUGAAAGCUAGCUAGCUAACAUGUAGCUAACAUGGUUUGAUGGAGGCUGACCGGGGGGGGCGGAAGACCACGAUGGAGCGGCAACGUAGUUUCAGCUAGGAACUCGGUCAGCAUUAAACCCCCCACUAGCUGGCGUACAGCAACGCGGCACAGAGAAGGAACGGCACGAUAUGCAGUGAGUCAUGAAGCGGGUUCGCACUGAGCAGAUCCAGUAUGCCGUCGCUCAGUACCUGAAGCGGAGGCAGUACGUGGACACCGAUGGCUCCCUGAAAGGAGCCAAGCUCUUCCAGUCGGCGGAGGAGAUGGCCGCGAGUCUCACAGUGCAGACGGAGUCGGGCUGUGCCAACAUCGUCUCUGCUGCCCCGUGCCAGUCUGAGCCUCAGCAGUACGAGACUCAGUACUCACGGCUGCGCUCCUUCCUGUCAGAGACGGACAUUUCCUGGGCGAAGGAGGUGAGCAGCAUUCUGUACCCGCUCUUCGUCUACCUCCACCUGGACCUGGUGCACUGCGGCCUGAAGGGGGCGGUAGACGGCUUCUACAGUCGCUUCCACGGCGCCUUUCUCCAGGACGGCGAGCAGCGCGCCACCAUAGAGCAGCUCCGCCACGUCCUCACCGCGCAGGACGUGGCGGCCAACCCCAAGCUGAGUGCGUUCCUGGAGCACAAGUACGUGGUGCACCUGACGGAGCCGGCCUACAGCUACCUGCUGCGUUACCUGCAGAGCGAGGACAACAGCGGCCUCUGCCGGGCCCUGAGCACGCACCUGCAGGUGGAGGUGACCGCCUCCAGGCGCACGGACUACGAGCUGUACGGAGGCGCCGGCGCCCUGAACCCCGCCUCCUCCUGGCCGGGGGCGGACGGGGCGGCGGCGGCGGCGGGCGGCGAGGGGGUGGAGGUCCCCGCGGGGGUCCCGCAGAGCGAGGCGGCCCUGGAGGCCCUGCAGGACUGCAUCAAGAAGGUCCGCGAGGGCCCCCCCACGCUCACCACCGUGUGCUUCUACGCCUUCCACCACACGGAGCAGACGCUGAACGCCGCCGAGGUCUCGGCCGACAGCCGGCUGCUGGCCGCCGGCUUCGACAGCUCCACGGUGAAGCUGUGGAGCCUCCGGCCCCGGAAGCUCAAGGCCCGAGCGCACCGGGCGGACGUGUCGCUCAUCCACCUGGCCUGUGACGUGCUGGAGGAGGAGGCCGACGAAGAGGACGGCUCCGGCAGCGAGAUCAAGACGCUGCGGGGCCACAGCGGCCCCGUGUUCCGCGCCGCCUUCCUGACGGACAGCUCCGGCCUGCUGUCCUGCUCCGAGGACACCACCAUCCGCUACUGGGACCUGGGCAGCUUCACCAACACGGCGCUGUACCGCGGCCACGCCUACCCGGUGUGGGACGUGGACGUCAGCCCCUGCAGCCUCUACUUCGCCAGCGGCUCCCACGACCGGACGGCCCGCCUGUGGACCUUCUCCCGCACCUACCCGCUGCGCCUCUACGCCGGGCACCUCGCCGACGUCGACUGCGUCAAGUUCCACCCCAACUCCAGCUACCUGGCCACCGGCUCCACGGACAAGACGGUGCGGCUGUGGAGCACCCAGCAGGGGGCGUCGGUCCGCCUCUUCACCGGCCACCGCGGGCCCGUGCUGUCGCUGGCCUUCUCGCCCGACGGCAAGUACCUGGCGUCCGCCGGCGAGGACCAGCGGGUGAAGCUGUGGGACCUGGCGUCGGGCACGUUGUCCAAAGACCUGCGGGGACACACGGACAGCGUCACCAGCCUGUCCUUCAGCCCGGACAGCAGCCUGGUGGCGUCGUCCUCCGCGGACAACUCGGUCCGGGUGUGGGACAUCCGGAACUCGCGCGGGGCGGCGCCGGCCGACGGCUCGUCCGGCGAGCUGGUGGGGCUGUACACGGGGAACAGCAGCGGCGUGCUGAACGUGCAGUUCAUGGCGUGCAACCUGCUGCUGGUGACGGGGACGGCCCAGGAGAAGGCCGAGCCGUAGCCCUCAGCGCCGCCGCCAGUCGCUUUCGCCAUUCAGUUAUCUUCCGAGAGGUCGAAGGUCGGAGCUUCGUUUUUGUUGUUGGCGUAGAGGAGUCUGCUUCCCUUCAACGGGCCCAGAUGUUCCACACUGGUGCUGUCUAGUUACCAAAGCGUCAGUAUUAAGUGUUUCCUCAGUGUGACGUCGUGCUUCUGGUGCCUUGGAGGUCCCAAACCGUUUACUCUGCUGCCACGCACAGGAUCCAUCAUCAUCAUCAUCUUCAUCAUCAGCAGCAGCAUGUGACCGUUUAGAAACAAUUCUUCCUGUUGAGUGAAAACACAAAAUUUGAAUCUGUAAAGAUCAGUUUUACCCAAAUAGGAGACGAAAAAGUGUAUUUUCUGAGCUGAGAAUAACACAACAUUGUGUGUGUGUGUGUGUGUGUGUGUGUGUGUGUGUGAGAGAGAUUACACGUAUACACACACACCACCUCCCUUUAGUGCUGACAUAACAGACGCACAACGACCUUAAAUUAAAUCAGAAAAUAAAGCCUGAAAUAAACACAAAUCUGACCAGAAACUAAAUGCUGGCUUUUUGAACUUGACAGUUGGGAAAUAAUUUGGCCAAAAAAUGUAAAGCGUUUAUUUGUAAAUGGCGUUUGGUCCAUGAAGAUUGGAGGAACGGCAGCACUGGUUGGUUCAGGCUGUACCUCCAGCUGCUAGAGAAGGUACAGAUGUGUAUUUUGAAGGACUACAGGCACAGAUUCAGGUUGGUCCGGUUUCUCGCCGGCUCCUCGUCUGAGAACCACGACACGCAGGCUCAAAGCGCUCAGACUGCUCCUCUAAAGCUCCCCGUGGUCGGAUCACACGUCGGCUUCCAUCCGGGUUCACAUCCACACCAGGAGCCCUCACGGGAGUGACGGGACUUUGAUGUUCAGGCGAUUUUUACGAUGUCUCAAAAGGUGGAAACCAGAAGUGUAAAUAGCCUCCUCCUGCAGAUUUCUAAGAAUCAAAGGCUGUAUUUUUGUUUUCAGCACUUUUCUGCGAGUGGCAUGAACUGUGCAAUGUUUGUGUACAUAGACUAUGUAUUUUUGUAAUAUUUUGGCUACCAAGAGUUGACAUUCAGGUUGAGCGUAACGAGGGCUACAGCGUACUGACUAGAAGCUGAUUUCAUACAUCCAGAGUGUGAUUGUAUUUUGGUUUUAUAUAGUUGUUUUUCAUAUUUUCUUCAUAAAUCCAGCGGGGAAGUUUGUCCUUUGUGUUUGUCAGUGACCUUUUGUUGCCUCCUGUCGCUCAAAACAACACAAAAUAAAUAACAGAAUUUAUUUAAACUAA